ACAAUAAUCCCCUGUGAGCAGGUGGAACCAGGUGGUUCCUACCAGUGUUAUCACGGUUGGGCUACGUGCUGUGCGAAAUAAGUUCCACGUGCGUCCCUGGGUGUUGGGUUUCAUCGACACUGCCGCAGAAUCGAGUGGGUGUCAAAUGGCCGCGGUCCCUGACUCUCUUUUCUUUAUAAAGGAGGCGGCUGUCGGAGCGAUUUGGUGAUCCGGGUUGGGUUUUUAAUUUCGUUUUGAGGCCGCCGCUUCCAACAUCGACAGCCUUUCGUGAGUGUAACAAAACAACGUUAUCAUCCACAUCAGCAACAACACCUACUACUACGACAACGACAACAACAAACAAACAACAUCAUCAUCAUCAGUUACAGCAACAUCGUCGUAAGCUGCCGGGGCCCGGAGACUAAACGGAAUCGCAAUGGCAUGCAUGGUAACCACCCCAGUGCUGGAGCCAAGCGGGGACUUCCCGGCGUGGCUGGAGGCGCAGGGCGUGAACGCGGAGGUGGCCCGGGCCAUGGACUCGGAGCUGGGCAUCCGGGACUACGGGGUCCUGCGCGCCUGCGUCGGGGAUGGCCUCGUGCGGGCCGAGCUGCUAGCUACGGCACGCGACCGCCUGCCCUUCGGCUUCUACGCCGUGCUGCGGCAGGUGGUGAAGGCCUUGCAGGGUGCCGAGCCCCACGACGCUGGGAUGCUGCGCUGGGACGACGCCGCCGCUUCCUCCCCUGGCGACGUGACCCUGGGAGGCCUGGUGGAGGUGCUGCUCGCGCUGUUCAGCGGCUUGAGCCGGGAACUGCUGCUGUCCGUCCAGAGGCUGGGAGACAUUGAUAACACUGGAAUGUGUGCUGUUGGCUCUCCUUCAGUCAACAAUGUCGUUUUGCCUGAGAACAGUGUGAUGAAUGAAAUUGAAGAUUACAAAGUGAACGAUGAAAGUGAGAGGAACUUCAUCCCAGAUAUGGGAGAAUCGCAAGCUGUGGACACAUCACCUUUAAUAAAGACGGAAGCCCUUGAAGAUUCUAGUGACAUCGAAGGCAAUUCAGUGCAAGAUGUGGUUUCACUCCAAGCAAUGGGAAACCAUUUUACGAACGUUGGUGAUGUUGGUGACAUUGAUGACGUUGAUGACGUUGGUGACAUUGGUGACGUUGGUUCAUGUUCAUGGCAACAGCAGCAGCAACAACAGCAGCAGCAGCAGACAGGAGACAGAAUGCGAAGAAGCUGCCAAGUUGACGAGGUGGAAAACAUUUCUCUGCGCAGCUUGUACACGUCCAACCCUCCAGCAAAUCGACAUGUUCACGGGCGACAAGCGCCAUUGAACAUUACCGAGGCUCUGCCGAGCGAUGUGCGGCAGAUUCCUGCUUUUGCAGAGGAAAAUCCAGCGGAGCGCCAGCUUUACAUGGUGGGGUGCGGUUCGCGACAAGCGAGCCUGAACGUCAACUCGGCGAAGCCGUACGAGUGCACGGUGUGCAAAAAGAGUUUUGCGUGGCGCUCGCUCCUGCGGUACCACCAUCGCGUGCACACGGGAGAGAAGCCGUUCCGCUGCAGCGUGUGCAACCGGUCCUUCUCAAACUCUGGCAAUUUGAGGGUCCACGAGCGCACGCACACGGGGGAGAAGCCCUACCGGUGCAAGAUCUGCAACAAAUGUUUCAAGCAGAGUCAACACUUAAAAGGUCACCAGCGCACCCACAGAGCUUGAGUAAGUUGGAGCGAGAAAUGCGACGGUAGUUUCGAGCUUAAUUAUUUUUUGAAUGCCACGACGUAAAUGGUGAAGUUGUUAAAUCUCCGAAUCUUUAUUUAGUUACACUGGAGGAAUCCGAUGAGCUAUGAAGCUCUUUUUUCACAUGUCCAGUAGUCACAGAUGAUCUCGAGCACGUUAGGGCAAGGUACCACACAGUACGCAAAACGGGAUUGCCUAUCAAGAAGUUGGGUACGCUAUAGCGAAAGCACAAGAUGGGAGGGCCUAAAUCUGGGUAUCACUGUAAAAGAGAACUUCCUCCCAAGAUGCCUUUAAGUGACCACUGAUACACACAGUACGGGGGUAGUACUUCCCCAACACACACAUUAUUUUAUACACAUUAAUUCGCACAAACAGAUGUACAUGUGCACACAGUCUCCACUCGGGAUGAGUUUUCAAAUAACAUUUUCUCAGAUAUUGGUUUCUGAGACCAAAUCCCUAUUCUUGUUUUGUGUUUUUAGAUUGGAUGCCUGCCCUCUGGUGUUUAGGCUGCACCUCUUUCUCUUCAGGCUCUGCCCCUUCCCUCUGGACACGAGCUUGACCUUGUUUUGGGGCUGCUUUGUAAAGGCAGUGCUGCUUAUUUUCCCACGAGACUUUGGAACUCUGGGCCAAAGUCAAUUUGAUUUUGUAGUUUGACAAUGUAACUCUCAUGUGCUGCGGGCCACUGGCGGCCCCUGGUGGCCUCUGGUGGCCUUUAGUGCGGCCCCUGACGUGCGGCCCCCAGCAAUACACAACAUUUGAAAACACCCCUUAGUGUUGUCGAACCCAAUGGUUUAAAAUGUGUGGUGGCUCUCACACUGAUGUCAUAUCUGCGAAAGUGGCUCUCUCCCUCUGAAAAUUAGUGAAGAACACCGUGCUAUACUGACUCCUUGAAGACAGCGAGAGCGCGCGGUGGAACUUGUGCUAAGUGUACUGCACAGCAACAUUGCAUCUCUUGCAAAGCACCAGGGUGGUAGGACGCCUUGCGUUGAGGCUUUGGAUAGCUGGCCAUGACUAAUUUGUACUACCACAUCUACAAAUAAAAUUAAGGAAUCAUGAACAGUAAUUUUAAUUUAUAAGGUGCAUUUUAUCCAUAGAUUCCCAGUGCAUAAUACAUUUCGCAGCUAGUACAUUUAUCGUUAAUUAAAGUCAAUCGGAACAUACUUGCGUGAUAAAGACUGAAAAGAUUGAUGUGGUCUGAAUGAGGCCCACCCAGAGGGAAGGCAAAAGAUAACAAAGAGACUGACAACAAUGAAACGCAGCAAGAGCCGGCUACGAUCAUUGGCUGUUCACCAGGACAGUGUUGUCGCUCUGGAGAUAGAUGAUCGAUGUUCGAUGGUUGCCACGUUGAAAGCAUUCGUUGCGAUUUCCCACUUAACAGUGGGCCUCGUGAAGGCAACCAUCUUCCAUUCCCACCAGGGCAGUAGGUGACAGGGAGAGGGGGGGGAAGAUCCACAGAGCUUCCACAGGCCGAGCUGAAAUCCUCUUUUCACGAGUGGCCACACGGGCACGACUCUAUGUAAUACAAUACUGCGAGCAAAACUGGUUUUUCGACAAGCCAUUUCAUUGCGAGAACCGGUUGACUGACUUUAAACUGCCGGGAGCGCUGUGCGUCCUGAGUGCUUCCUGUAAUCUCCUGGACAUCUGUGGAAAAGAAUUGCUUUAUAGCUCAUCGAAUUUUUCCAGUUAUAAAUAUUCUGAUUGUGAAUUGUUGACGCUCAUCCACGACAACUGCUGCUGCUGCUUGCCGUUCACUAAUGUUGGGUGCUUUUCACUGUUGCUACUGCUGGUUUCCUGAUGCAUGUUCCUCUUACAACUGCUGAAUCCACUGCUACCUGGUAUUCGUUGGGAUGCGUAGAUUGUGCUCGCGUAGUCUUGACAAAUGUAUGUAAGUUGAACUUCUUUCGCACCGUGCAUAGCCAACUGUGCUAAUGAAGCUCACCAACCGGAUAGUAUUGGAGUCACAGGCUAUUACUUUACCCACUCCCAUGUGCCUGCCUAUCAAACAAAAUCCAACUUUACUCCAAAGUACAGGGUCCCCUUUCCAUAUGCGAGUUUGGUUUGUGCGAUUUCUCGUAUAUGCGGGUAACUUAUUUCUUUUAGAACUGCUUUUUGUGUUUAGUUUGUUGUCUUUCCCCCGCACCUCCGAUUAGUACGGUACGAAAUAAGUUCAACAUGCAACAUAAAACCUAUUUCCACGCAAAAUUCAGAAUUAGCAAUUUAAAUUCACCCAUGCGGCUAUGGCGGUCGGACUUGGGAAAUUGUGUGCUAUAUGCGCUACCGGGCAGGUAGCUUCUCUCGUGCGGUUUCGCGUUGUUGCGUCCUUUUUUAAAAUGCAUCUACUGCAUGUAUCGUAUGUUGAACUUCUUUCGCACGGUACAUUGCCAGCCGUACUAAUCAUAGGUGGUGGGGGAGGACAACAAACGAAAUACAAAUAAUUAAAAGUGCAUAGCUCCAGCGGCUUCCUAUCGGAAAAAAGAGCGUUCCAGAGGCAUCUGAAAGCGCGCGACGAUGGGGUGACCGUCUUUGUUCGAUCGCUUAGCCAAAAGACACUGCUGCGAGGACGACCGGAGUUUGCGUGAUGGUUUAUGCUCCUUGACCAGAUCAGCAAGGUAAAGCGAAGGAAACCUCGAUAGUCCGUGGGUAAAACGUAGGAAAAGUGGAUGAUUUUAUUUAGUUGGGAGCUCACUUGUGGAAGGUGGGGGGGGGGGUUACCCUUUGCGGGUAUCUGUGGGUACGCUGGAAUUGAGGUAAGGUACCCCGCCCUGAUCCAGGACUCUACCCCAGAGGAGAACUACUGGAGUCCAAUUUAGAACUGUGUUCUUCAUUGCAAGGCCACUGGCGAUCCUGGGUGACCUUUAGUGCGGCCUCUGACAAUAACCCUAAUGUGAAAACACCCUCCACAAUCGUGCUGUGAAACCCAAUGGUUUCAAAUGUGUGGUGGCCCUGACAUUGAUGUCUUAUCGGCGAAAGUGCUCCCCGCUCUUAACAUUUGUGAAGAAUGCUGGAGAUAGAAACACUGGGCUACCACUCCUGACCUCUCCUCAAUCGAGCAAAACAAAGCAAUCGCUCACAAUGUGUUUGGCGCCUUUGCGAUGUUGCUGUUUGUUGGUUCGUGGUGAUGAUUGGCUUUCAUCUCGCCAAGGUAGGUAAGUGUCGUACUCGGAGUAAUACAAUAAACGUUAUACCUUUUGUCAUCGAGAUUGCCUUGCAACACCGAGAAAAUAAGUUGAAAUGCAUAGAAAAUAUACACGAAAUAGAUCCGGACGUUUGGCAAUGGUCAUUAUUCGGAGCAGAAAGGGCAGAACUAUUGAUUGGCUCUUGAAUAUGACCCUUAACAUGCGUUGACUCGCUGCAUCUUUAAGUGCAAUCGCAGUGGUUUGUGUACAGCAGUGGUUCUCAACUAGGAGAGGGGGUACGUGAGGUUGUGUGAAAUUAUAGCACAUACUAGUCAUUGGUGAAUAUUUUUUUUUCCAAUAUAAACAAACUAUGAUGAAAAUUUAAAUCCAUAUGGUAACCUAGAACGAUAUAAAAGACCUAAACUGAUUAAUCAUAAACAAUGUGGUUUCCAAGAGUGGAAUGUCUGUUCAAUGUCUUUUAUUCACUUGCAGUUACGAGCUAGUUAGGAUACCUCCCAAAAUGAACAAGUGGUCUAAAUAUUGAUGUUCAUUAUUCACUUACAUUUUUCAGAAUCAUGGAGGGCCAGGUAAGGGGGUUACUCUGUUGAAACAAAAGUCAACAAGGGGGUACAAUAACCAAACAAGGUUGAGAACUGAACUAAAUGUUUUUAUUUUACCAGGUAAGACCCACUGAGCUAUGUAGGUAUUUUUUAGAAGCGAAAAUUGAGAACCACUGGUGUACACAAAUGUCCCGUGGCUUCCACCCAGCACACCCAUCACCACCGGUAAUGGCAUAAAAUGGACUCGGCCACCCCUCUAAAGAACAAUCUUUAUUGAACAAGCCAGUAAAUCUAAAGGCAAAAAUCCAUCGUGAAAAACAUGGAAUAAACAUCAACGUGUGCAUGUGUAGCCGGUCU